AUCGAUGAUGAUUCGCCGUCCAAGACCACCAGCUCCGGACGGCCUACCGAGGAGUUGCAGCCUCUGUCGGCGCGAUGGCCCGGCACGGGCUUCAGUCUCAGCGGUAACACUGCUCGCCGAGUCUUCUCACAGUCACAACCAAGGCAUUCGACACCAGUGGCCGGCGACGAGAACGGGAAGCCAAAUGCCACAUUCCUGACGGAGGCGUCGUUUGGCGUAGCGCACGACAAGCUGGUCGAGGUCAUCACCGAUGUGCAGCCCUUUGAGCCCUAUUGGGAGGAGCUGACGUCUAUCGACUUGUCACACAAGAACGUGGAGAGCGUGGCUCGGCUAAAAGAAUUUUUGCCGAAGCUGCAUUCGCUGUCCUUCGGGGUUCCGAAGACAGUGCGGACAUUGUCUAUCACCUCUAACGUCUUGACGAGAAACACCUCGUUCGGUCACCUCCUCGACCUCGAGAGCUUGGAUAUCAGCCGUAACAAUAUCGAUUCGCUGACUCAAUUGGGGUGCCUUCGGCAUCUUCACGAACUCCGUGCCGAUGGUAAUAAGAUCACGAGCCUCGAUGGCCUCCAGCACAUGAAUACCCUAGUCAAGCUUAGCUUGCAAGGCAACAGCAUUGAUAAUGUUGAUUUUACACAAUGCUCGUGGCCCCUGCUCGAGAUGGUCAACUUGAGCCAGAACAGGAUAUGCGGCGCCUCCGGUCUCAGUUCGCUGUCUUCUCUGAUCGUAUUGAACCUGGAUAACAAUAUGAUCAGCAGUCUAGAGGCUGAUAACACGAUGCCUCGAUUGCGGAUCCUUCGCAUCAGUUCCAACAAGCUCAAAGUGCUCGAUGCCGCGUCAUUCCCAAACCUCAGGACGCUGUACGCAGACAACAACUACUUGGGCGAGAUAACGAAGGCCAAUCGGCUAAGCAAGCUCGAGAACAUGAGUUUGCGAAACCAGGGCGGCAAGGGGUUGACAUUUUCCGUUCGGGACGUCAGGGACGUUAAACGACUGUACCUUUCGGGCAACCCCUUGACCGCUCAAUUCCUGAGCGAGCCUUGCUACAAUCUCAUCUAUCUCGAGAUUGCAGCGUGUCGGCUCACCGCGCUGCCGCCGAACAUAGCCACGCUGGUCCCGAACCUGCGCGUGCUCAACCUUAAUUACAACUUUCUGGAGGACGUCAAGCCGCUGGAGGGACUCCGGCGAUUGAACAAGCUGACGAUAAUCGGGUCGAGACUCAAAGGCACAAAGGGGAUCAUCAAAGUGCUGAGGGGCUGUCCCGAUGUGGAGAUGGUUGAUUUCAGGAUGAACCCCUGCACGCUCGGCUGGUACCUGCCCCUGCUGGUCAAGGACGUGCCUGGAGCACUGCAACCUUCGGAGCCUAGGAUCCGCUCCGGCAACGGCGCACACAUAUUGCACCCGACGCGCGCCCCGCGAACCUCUGGGGGCGCCGGAUCGCGCGGGGCCGGGGCGGACGGAUCGUGGCAGGAGCUGGACGCCAAGUUCCGGCGCGACCUUCCGGACGACGCAUAUGUGGGCAGGUUGGCGUAUCGCGGGCUGGUCAUGCGUGCGUGCGCGCGGGUACGGAUGCUGGACGGCGUGCUGGUUAGUCGGAAGGAGAGGGACAAAGCGGAGCGACUGCUGGACGGCGUGGGGCGGGCGAAGGGAUGA